GAUUACUCGUGAACGGAUUGUUUCAGAAAUCUUUUGUUCCAUAUUGGUAGUUUUGAAAGGCUUUAUAUCCCUGCAGACUGCCAUUUUUGAAUGGAUUUUGCAAGAUGUUUUUUCUAGAUUUGAGGACAGCGUCUUUCAAGACCGAUGUUUGAAGAACGAUCCGCGUGCUUCUUCGAAUCCUGAUAGAACCUCAUGGGCCGUCCCUGUGAACUGAAUGAAAAUCUAGAUCAAGUUACCUUGCGAGUGAGCCAUCCAUGUAGCGCUUUCGUCGCUAUUAGCAAGUUCAUUCUAACGUUUCGUGAAUCCAAGAAACGCAAAUAACUGCACCAGUAGAGCAGUUUAAAGGCGAGUUGACUCGGCGAUAGAUUCAAGGGCCGGCCAUACUCGUUUCAUAUGUCUAGCAUCGUGCUUGUUGUUGGUUUUUGGACCAUUCUAUUUAUUUGCAACGCUUUAUUGAAGGUAAGGUUAAAGAACCUGUUCCAGAAAACUGGUCAUCCUCUUCAUUCAUCCCAUAAUUUCUCCUACACUGUCUGUCAAUUCUAAACAAAGGAGAAUUAAAAAUUGGUGGGUCAAAGAGCGGAGGGAGGAAGAGUGACUUAAUCGGUCACACUGGACAGCGACCUUUUUUGACACGGAACAUGUCUAGUGUUGUACCCUGCGAACAGAGUCUCCUUCGAUCUUCCUAGAUAAGUCGGGAAGAGGAAGAAACGCUUCCUCUUUAGCAACUUAUCUAGGAAAGAUCGAAGCGACUCUGCUAGCAGGGUACUAGUGUUGUGACUGGACUCAAGGCAACUUGACUCAGGGGUAGGGGGGCUACUGACAUUAAUAUAGGAUAUAUACCCAAUAGGUAGGGUAUUGUUUUCAAGCAACUUAGUCUGGGAUAGGCUUUAGAAAUCAGGGAGUUUGGGUCUAGAAUACAAUGUAGGGUAUCAUUUUCCAGGAAAGUGAUCAAGUGCCUGAAUUUUUAAGUCUAGAGAAGGGAAACUGGGAAUUGACACUCAAAAAAAUUAAAUCAUAAUUUACCUGUUUCUCAGCUGAAUAGCAUAGAAAGUGUUGUCUUCAGUAAUUUCUGGAAAAUAAUAACUCUAGGAUAGGGAGAGAUUUUAGAAGUUAAGCCUGGUUUAGCGUAGCAAAAUUCUGAAGGCGAACUAGUUUUGGUAUAGGCUAAGGGCCAGCAGCACUUCCCUACCCAAACAUUCCUUAAGUACCUCCCCCAGGGGUAAAUAGACUAAAAAUGCACAUCAUACAAUGUACCCCAAUUCUUGUAGGGGUGGCGAAUGGUACCUCGAAAGAACUGGGUCUCGGAAAAUGUUAACAGGAUCUCGAAAUCUCGGAAGCGUUUUUGAUAAGUCUCGAAGUCUCGUUUUUGCAUGGUUUGUUUUUACUUUUUUUGAGUCUCGAAACUUUUUACCAAAGAGUCUUGGGCUCGGAUUUCUAACUAGGGUCUCGGCGUCUCAGCGAGUCUUGGAUUUUACCAUUCGCCACCCCUUCUUGUGCUCCUUUUCUUGUUAAACCCUGAAUUGGUGUGUAGCAAUAUGACAAAUUUCAGCUAUUGCAGUGUGAAAUUUCCCUUUUUCUCUAUCUUUGUUACCUAUAGAACUACAGGAAAUAUUCCCGAAAGUAUAAAGAGUUUCUGGAAAACAAUGGGAUCUCUCUGUCAUUAUUUCAAGUGCGAUGGUACACAACGCGGUUCAAUAGGUCAUUUUUCAAGUUUGGUCAGUUCCAGCCAUACUUGCUACAUCUGUGGUUUUCUGUUGGAGUUUUAGUGGGUGCCCUGUUGAUGGUUGCCUCUGUUCUUAUUCUUUCUGUGACGUUAUUCAAAGCUUUUGCAAAGGAUGUACCAGAGCAAGUUUUAACACCUGUGGUAAGUGCAUUAUUGUAAAUAUCUCGAGGAUAAAUAGCACUGUGCAAGGCUGCUGCCUAAGAAAAUUUUUUUGUAGUCCUUCAGGCUAAGAAGUUAAAAGUUAGGAGCCCAUUGAUCAAUAAACUUAUAUAAGUCAGCAGAUAUACUCGAAACUCUAUUUGUUCGACUUUCAAAUUUCCAGAAAAGUGCGUGUUUUUUUACUUGUAGCAUUGGAAAUUUUUGGCCUACGGUCGACGAACGCAUGUUUUAAUUCCGUUUUCGUUUCAAAAGUGUAAAAUGAGCAGGGAAUUCUGCCAUUCCUUCAUAUUUGGAAGCAGGCAUAGAGGCUACUGCCACUGGAAUCAUAAAGGUUUAGGCGCCUGUACAGGGUCCUUGUUUAAAAUUUUAGUUCCCCCCAAGGAAAUCUUAGGAGCCUCUGGCAACUGGUUGCCCAUAAGGCAGCAAUCGUAAUAUGUACACAUAUCCAUGACUCAGGGGCACCCAACGAGAAUAUAGUUCAAAACCACUUAAACAUAGCAUUGUUAAACAUAUUUUAGUAUUUAAACGGUGGAUAUAGGCAUAUGUUUAUCCCCUAAAAAUUUUUCACGUGUUCGGAUUUCCUAGCUGAAAGUCUGUUGAUCCAAAAAUUAUAGGGAUAAAACCUUACCUUUUCGAAAAUUUCAGCCAGAAAAAAGGCUCCAGAAAAUUCUAGGUGACCUUUUUAGGGUAAAAAUCCAUCAAAAAUGGGCAAUUAUACCAUCUUUUAGAUAUUCGAAAAUCCUAGUAGAGGCAGGCAAGCAAGAAAUUUUACGACAAAUGUUUCGAAAAUUCCAGAUCUCAAGUCGUCAGAUAUUUUCCAAAAAUUGACAUUGGGUGCCCCUGAUGACUGAUGAGCCUACGGAUAUGGCCCUAUAUAGAAAUCCUUAUUAUUAUGUCGCAGUAUGAAACUUUGGAAUGCUGUCCACAUUAUGAGUAGUAUAGAGCGCAUAGCAUAACCUACACCACUUGAGAAGCUAUACUUAGAAGUAAAAAAAGGGUCGAUACGAAACCUAAUACAAUCCUAAAAUACAUAGUUAUAUGAAUCUCCCUACUUAAAAAGCCAAUUUAGAAUAUUAUUUAAGUCUGAUAUUCUGUAAAACCUUCGCUACCUGUACUAAAAACAUAUUUAUAAUAAUAUCACACUCUAAUGUUCUAAAAAAUCUAAGUAAAAACGUCAGCAAGCUUGUGUUUCUAGAUUUCUAGAGAAAAAACAAAAACCCAAAAAUUGAAGUCCAUAGCGCCCUAACUAAGUAUUUAUGUUAAAUGUGCUGGCAAUGUUUAAAGUGUUUGAGAUGACCGACUUCUGCAUCCGGUCAAGUAUGCUCCGUGCUCUCGCUCCAAGUAGCUUCCUCACCGACUUCUCUGGGUGUUUAGAGUAACCCCCCAGUACGUCAAUUAUUACGUUGUACUGUUCAACCCUGUAACCAUUGUAUCUCUGCUUCAGCUCCCACAUCAUGGGCCCAUACUUGAGUGUCUUUUCCUCAUCUUUCUUAGCUCUACUCUCAAUCCAUGGGCAGCUCAUUUCAAUUGUGCAGACUUCUUUCCUCUCGUGGCUGACAAGUCGCAGGUCGAUCCGAUUUGCUCUAACUUCGUUGUGCUCUGCAUAGAUAGGAAUAUCCCAAAAUGCCUCUCUCGUGGUGUUCUGGUAGGCUGGUUUUGGCAUCACCGGUGAGUACCAUGGUGGAACCUCGUCCAUUAACCCAUGCUCUCGCAGGAGCUCAAAAAACAGAAUCUUCAAAGCUGCAUUAUGCCUGUAUAGGUACUUGGUUUGUGCCAGGGAGGAACAUCCAGCCAGUACAUGUGCAAUGCUGUCAGCUACCUUCCCACAUAACCUGCAUAGAACUUCGCCGUCGGUGGAGGUUUGCAUCUUCUCCUUUGUGUAGAGCUUCGUAGGUAACAACUGCUCAUACAAUUCAUACAUGUCCGCGAUGGUAUGUGUAGGGCAUGUAGCCCAACCUUUUAACCAUGCAAAGCAGCUGGUUAUGCUUAGGCUCUCAUCUUCCCAUCUGAUAUGGAAUAACUUUUCUUGCCACUUUUUGUCUUUAGCGAUCUCCAAGAACUGCUUCUCUUGAGAUUGCUUCAACAGAUUCCCAGCUCUUGCUGCAGUUACCACCUUUCCUUCUGUUGUAACACACACGGGAUUUAGGGUAUCAAGCUGAAGGGUGAUGUUGAGUUCUUCAGCGUACUUAGCUGCUUCCUUUACGAGCGACUGGUGGCCUGAUGCCACAUGGCGUGUUCUUCAAAUUCUCUAACUGCUUCCACAGUCUGGUCCGGGUUCUGAUACAAUUUCAGUAGCGAUUUGAUUUUAGUGAUCUUGUACUCGUGUUUGACUGAUGGCAGGCCUCUACCCCCUUUCUGCCUCGGUAGAUAUAACAAAGAAGUCGGGCUAGCUGGGUGCUUGCCACCGUUCUCAACUAUGAUCUUCCGAGCUGCUCUGUCCACAUCUCUUGACUCUGAUAGAGGCCAAUGCUGUGUCCACAUUAGGUACCGCAGGACCGGGAGUGCAUACUGAUUAGUUGCCUGCACACUUAUUAUUAUUAUUAUUAUUAUUAUUAUCCUGUUGGGAACAGGAUCACCAUUUCUACUGGGUCAACUUCAGAGCACCCAACCACUGAAUAUUUCCAAGGUGACUGGUCAUUUCACCAACAAGUUGUUUCACAAGUUCGUCCUGUUCGCAUAAGUCUUAAGUCGUUUUGCAAAGGUAUUUCACUCAUCAUUUACUGACAUUAGUUGUGAUCAACAACAACAACAUCGACAAUCUUUAUUGUGCUCUUGAUACAAAAGUGUAAAGACAUUAAAAGGAAAUAAUUGUAAAAAAAAGAGAGCACAGCCACUCAGAAAUAGCAAAAGCUAAUCACGCUGAGUGGCUGGAAGUUUACAUAAGGCUUGACAACAAAUUGAGUAAUUUUGCAUUUCGACAAACAAAGAGAAUCAAACAAAACUUUUGGCGUGGUACUUAAUCAAAAUGUUCAGAGGUCUUAGUAGAUCAUUUAAGUAUCCUGAUAAACAAAAUGCUGGAGUCUUCACUUUUGCAUUUAUUAACAAUAUUAUAUAGGCCCUACAAUGUGACAACUGCAGAUUUGGCAACACCGAACUUGCAGCCUGGGCAGUGACCGAAUUACUUACCGUUGUCUGGUAGUUGCUGUGGGCUAUCCCUUGUAACAGAAUUCUUCAACAUGAAAAACAGGCAGGCACAGGACGUAAUUCUUGUAGAGUAAGUUCUUAUUCAAAGAAUGACUUACAACAUUUUACCAAAACAACUUAUGACACUUUUAAAAUGUUAGCGAAACAACUUAAGACAUUUGUGAACAGGACAUAGGUGAAAUGACUCGUUGGCGAGAUGAGCUUAAACCAUUUCCAAGCACCUCAGAAGUCUCUAAAAUGGUUUUCACUGUUUGGUUUAUUUGCUGAACUGGCUGGUAGAAAGGCCCAGUAACCAUCCCUUGUAAGCUCAGUCUUAACUUUCAUUAAUUUUGUAUUCGCUUUCAAACAGAUGCCAGGAGUGAAUGUCCCCUGGAGUCAAGUGUUAUAUUACCUUUUAACACUGACAAUCAGUGGAGUAUUCCAUGAAUUUGGACAUGCUAUCUCAGCUGUAAGGUAUGUAGACCAUUCACAUUCCCCUAUUUUUCCAUAAGAUCAUCGAGAUCGAGCGCUUGAUGAGCAUCUUGCAUGAGUGUAAAAUCCACCUAGAGGGCAGGGGACAGUUUGGGAUGAAGCAAGAAAAAUGGAGGGACUGUCUUUACUUCAGUGUAGCUCACAUUCAAGGAGCAUGACAGGAGUUUCAAGCCUUUUACCAUUCAUUAAUCAACAAACUCCUCUUAUGAUGAAAAACAUGCCAGACACUUUUAGCGUCGAUUCUGCAUGUUUACAAACAUUUCCUUGCGAAACACUGAUUUUAUAUAAUACAGUUACUGGGAUAAUCUUUCAAAUCGGUAAUCAUGCACAGUUGAAACAUUUUCCUAAAGGCAGCAGAAAGCAUACUCGCUUCAACAUUGACUAAAACGGUUAAAUGUCCAGUACCACUCAAAAGUAAGUUACCAGACUCUUGUCUCACUAGAAGGUGGAUUUUCAGUGGUAUUGUUUAAUGUCUUCUUGUUAAGAUAUUCACAACUUACUGACCACAAGGUACCAUGUCCCUUGUGCCAAUUAUGCCUGAUUUGUUAAGAGGACAAAUACAUUGUACAUGUAUCUUUCCAUUGUACCUAAAUGAGCUUUAUUUUGGAUAUGUAUCAUAUGUAUCAUAGUCAAUGGGAAAUUUAAUUGAACCUUGAAGAUUCAAGUUAUAAGGCAAAUAUGGCUAUAUACACACAUAUGUUGCAAAUAAUUCUACCCUAAGGUGAAGUUUUAAUGUUACAAGGACAAGGACAUGAAGAUGUCACCAGAAGGAGGAGGGUUUUAACAGAGAUGUGGGCCACACGAGCAUGGCCUAAACUGGAUAAGUCAUUUCCUGUUUCUUUUCAGAGAGCAAGUUCGUGUGAAUGGAUUUGGUAUGUUUUUCAUGGCUGUUUACCCUGGUGCCUUUGUAGAUCUGUACACUGAGCACUUGACUGUCAUUUCACCACUGCGUCAACUGAGAAUCUACUGUGCUGGCGUGUGGCACAAUGCAGUGCUUGUCUUAGUAGGAUUACUGAUCCUCUGGUGUCUACCUUACAUUCUGGUUCCAGUUUAUGUGACGGGUCAGGGUGCUGUGGUAUUGAAUGUCUUAAAGGUUGGUCCAUGCAAAGACUGUUAUUAUAUGUCACAAAGUAACUAAGACAGUACGCGCGAUCCAAUAAUUAGAUUGCGUGUAGUAUCUUAAAAAACCUAUGGUUUAUUAUAACUGUAAACUCAUAAAGAAAGGUAUUCAGACCACGAGCCAUACACAAAACCAGCCAUUGAGCUGCAAAUGAUGAUUUUGGAAAAGCUAAAAAACAGAACAAGUCACUUACCCAGCCCUUCUCUCUUUUAAAAUAAUAAUAAUGAUGAUAAUGAUAAUCUUUAUUCAAUUGAUAAAACACAUACUGAAAGUUACAAAUGUCAUAAAAAUUUAAGUUAAAUUUUAAAAAAAAAUUACAAUUAAAGUAGAAUCAUAUUACUGAGUUAUAAUAUUAAAGCAUAGCGUAUUUACUAAGCAGUUCUAAAAGCGCUCAGUGUUAACUAAAGUUUAUAGCUGAAAUGUCUGUCUUUGAAACCUUUAUAGUCCUUUAUAGCACUGGUUUCCACAUUUUAUUUCUGAGUUUCACUAUUUGCUGCUAUAGUUUUAAAAGUUAUCAAGUACAUAGCUGGAAACCAUUUUGCUUAAGUAUGCAUUAAUGUUGUUAUGUAAUAAGGUUUCUGAUAUCUGGAGUAAUCGAAGUCCAUCUACAGCAGCCAAUUCUGAAGAUGGCCACAGGUGCAGUGGCAUAAAAAAUAUAGUGAUGACAUUGAUCAUUAUGAUGAUGAUGACGAUUCUCUUUAUAUAAAUAUUAAUACUUUUUAUAUAUGAUAUAUUUUUUAUUUAAAGGAAUCUCCAGUAUAUGGCAGCAUUCAGCGUGGUGACACUGUUCUUUCACUGUAUGGAUGUCAAGUGUAUAAUAAACAAAACUGGAAUGACUGUAUCAGUAGAACUCUCAGCACACCUCAACAUGGUUACUGUACAGACAUGCUGACUGUCACUAGGAAAAAUUCUUCACAAGGUCAGAUAGCAUAUAUAGUGGUUCUGAAUUGGCAGUUAUAUAAAUUUAUAAAUCAUUGAAAUUAAAUCAAUAACUAUGCACAUGGACUCAUUAUUGUUGAAAUCCUGCUGUAUUUGUUACAGGUCAAAAUUUAAUCCAGGUUAAACGUUUUAACCUAGGUUGAUUCUUGAUUCCCUUUGUGUUGUAGCCAAAAUUAUUCUUGAGAAUUCAAAUUGUGGAACAACAACUUAGGUUAAAAAAUUUUAACCUGAAUUUAAUUUUGACCUGUAACAUAUACAUGCAGUGUUUUAACUGCUAUAAAAUGUCUUAAUGACGAGAACGACAGAUCUUUCAGUCCUUGCCAUGCUUCUGAAUGACAGUGUUCUCUUUGACUCUCCAAGUUUGAAUUUUAUACCUCUUUGCUUGUAAUAUCGAUUCUAUUUCUAAAAACUGCAUGUUGCUUUUUAUGUUAUUACUAGAUUAUGCAGUACCUUUAAUAAGUAUUCUGUUUGGUUAGUAUGGGCGAUAUGACAAUAGUUUCCCCUUCACUAUCUGUCUCCAUUAAUCAGGAUUGUCGAUGAUUGAGGGCCAGUGGCUGGGGGCUUUCCCUGGCUAUUAGAUAUCUCAGUCUCAGCUACUUUGGUAAAAACACAAUAGAGCGAUUUUCAUAUGACCUGGAAAAAUGGUUUUGGUAAGUGUUCAUUAUUUGUUUUAUCAGCCAAUGGGUGACAAGAUCAAUACAUGGACUCUUUGUUUUCCCGCCAAAGAAAACCCUAAUAUGGAGAAGGCGUUGUUCGAUUAGCCAAUCGUGUUGCAGCGGGUUGCAGUAUGAUGUCAAAGCGAAGUAAUUCGAUUGAUUUCUAGAAAGUUCUUGGCAAUGAAGUUUUUUCACUCGAGCGUUUGCUUAACCAACCAAAAGCCACGUGCGUUUGUAUCCAUUCGAUAAACCAAUCAAAUCGCUCUAUUUCCAUUCUUUUGUUGUUUCUGUUUUGUUCGUGUGUUUUCAGUUCAAGGUAUACGAAAAUCGCUCUAAUUGUGGAGUAAAGACAAUAGAAACUUAAAAUUUAUUCUGUUCUCCCAUUUCCCUUCCUUGGUCAUAUUUUUAAAUUUAGUGACACUCCUGAUGAUAAAUUACAGCUUACUCAGUGUCACCAGUAAUUAUCAUUAAAUAUCUUUAAGGUGGAUUUUACAAUGGUGAAGUGUAUGACUGUUGCCAGAACUCAACGUCAUCAAGGUUCUGUUUUAAAUACCAGUCUCUUAGCCAUUUAAAGGUACAUUAUGGAACAUGAACUUUUCAAGUAUCUAAUUUCAAUUGAUGAACUAUAAAAUACCAUACAUGAACUUGGACUGUGUAAUAUUCACAGAAUGUACAGUACUCCAUUUUCAAUAAAGGUUAGUAGUAUGGUUUUUGAAGUCAGUGUGUCCAGAGGGACUAUUUAAUUCCUUCAAUAAUUAUUUUCAUUUGCACUUUGAAAGUUGUUGACACAAAUAAUUUGCUUCAGUUGAUUUUCGGCCCAACAAAGUUUGAAAAUACAUGUAAGCAAAAUUCUCUCUUGCAAUAAGCCUAUCAAAAAGUGCUCUGAAAACUGUGUGCCCCUGGACCUGUUUUUGAAGUUUUGUGAUAUUUGUAAUCGCUAUUCAAGGCUGUGCUUUACAAAAAAGUAAAGGGAUCCUGUUGCUCUCAAACUGUGAAAUCCAGGGUGUCUGGCAUAUGAUUUUCAUGAAGAUACUAAGAUUCCCUAGUCAUCAAAGAGCAAAAGUAAGACACCAGGGAUGCUCUAGCACCUUUAGAGCACAGCUCUGCACUGUACCCAGCCUUUCUUGAUGAUAUAUGUUUAUGUUUUUUUGUUGUUGUUUUGUUUUUAUCGUUGUUGUUGCUGUUAUUGUUGGGUACAAGGGAUAUGCAUGUCUUCCGGCAAGAAGCACCAUGCAGUCAAGGCAGCUGUGUGGUAUACCUACAGACUGUGAUGGACCAGGUGAGCACCUUGUAUGAUAGCUGACACUAAGACAUAUAAUAUACUAAGAUUUAUUAAAAUCUACAAUCCGUGACAAAGUUGUUGAAACAUUGUCCUCAAACAGGGUAACUUCAGAGAACAAAACAAUUCACAGCCCUUCUCCUCCCUUCUAUUCAAAGUUGGGGUGUUUGUUGUUUUGUGCAGGUAGCUCAAACAGUAGCACAACAUUGCUUGAAGGGGGAGGGGAAGGAAAAGCGUUUUCCUUUUUUAAGUUGGCAAAAAGUCAGAGAGGCCCUUCAGGGAAAAGAGUCUCUACUAAUUUUGUCCCGGAUUGUAGCCUCAUAUAUGUUUAAUUGAACCCUUCUGUCAUCUGUUUUCUCACACGUGAACAGUAACAGAAGGAUGCAAAAGUAUAGAGCGCUUUGAAGAGGUGAAUGUGCCAAGAAUUGCUCUUUGAAAACUAAAACUUGAUAAAUAAACCCUUUGGUGUUCAGUUCUUGGCAACAAAAUAAACAGAACAAAACAAGUCCUUGGCGAAAUGACAUUCCAAGCACCAGGCCAUCUCUUGAAUCUUUUUAAUGUGUUGUGCCUAUGUACUUUUGGUGUGCUACUCUUUGUAUCAUUGUUUUCUCUGUUUUUUUUACAGGACUCUGUUUAAAUUAGAUCCACGCUAAACCAGAUGUUCCAGUAUAAAUAAAUAAAUAAAUAAAUAAAUAAAUAAAUAUAUAAACUGUUUAGUCUAGUACCUAAAUUUGAUUUCACACAUUGUGUAAAAUAGUGUUAUUUUGCAAUUAAUGUUUACCAUUACAUGUGCCAAUUCCAGGGGACAAAGUGUGUGUUCAUCCAUCUUUGGAUAACUCCAGCCGCCUUCUAAGAAUCAUACGAAGUAAAGGCUCAGAUGUGCUGUAUGUGGGUGAUCCUCUGCUACUUCAGUACACAGGUAAAGUAAGAAAGGGCUUUAUAGACUUUUGAACCUUCAUUAGAGGGUAUUUAUAGAAAUCACUGCCACCCAACAUUUAUGGUUGAUCCUCCAUGUGUGGCCAUAUAUCCAAAACACCAAAAUUUUCCCAGUGAAAUCACUUAAAUUUGCAACAAGUAAUAGUCCGUUCUGACAAGUAAUUAACUGAGCAAGCUCCUUUUUCGCUGACUACUGACAAGAGGUAUAAUCCAUUAACACCCUCUUCAUCAGGGCUAAAUAAUUAUAAGUUUUUCUUCAGAAUAUGUGUACUUUUGGAUGCUUAUUGCAGUUUUGACAAGUGUCAAUCUAUUAAUCAUGACAGUGUUUUUAUAUGCUAAAAAUGUUCAGGGAAACGUUUAUGUGAACCCAAAAGAAGUUUGUAGACCAUGCAAAAGGAGAACAUGAAGUUAAUGGUGUUCUGUUUAAUGUAUUUUUUUUUUCGAUGGGUACCUUUUAGCGUUUUUGUCAGCAAUGAGAGUUUUUAAUUAAAAAGUGUAUUGAGUGCAUUCUUUUAUUGCACAGUUUAACUCAGUUAAACUGCAGCUGAGUACAUGCAUCUGGCUUCUUUUUUUCAGUGGGAGUCAUAAAUUAUCAGCGGCGGAACACGCUUCUUCCCAUGGAACUUCCAAAUAUGGUAGAAAUGUUUUUGAUGUAUCCUUUGGAUUCAAGAAUAAUAGUUAUAUUUUAAACUCAAGGGUGCGAUGGCAAUGUAUUCUGGGUUAAAGUGAUGGGGAGAUGCAGUUGGGCAGUGGUAAAUUUGUAUUAUCUAUGUCUGUUUUUUUAAUACCAUUUUUUUCCCAUAUUUAAUACUAUGCUUAGAAAUUGCGUGAAAUAACUGAGAGUGUUUGUCUGUAUAUCACUAUAACUGGUAGAAAAUAAAAACCCUGAUACAUGUAUGUUCCACUUGAACAAUGAUCAAGCGGAAGGCCUUUGUGAACUGUCCAAAUUUACAUACAAUACCUGGUCUCAUCAGUUGUGUAGCUGGUUAAUGUUUAAGUGCUGAGGAAUCAAGCCAGUGCCAGCUUUGCAACAUCUGGGUAGAUGUCAAUCUUUUGACUCAACUUCAUCCUCGGAGACCCAGGGGCAGAUAGUGGGGGCGAGGGAAAGUCUAGACGGGCGGAAAAAUGUGGCACGAAGAAAAGUAAAGAACGGCGAGAAGAGCCCCUGGGGACAAUGUCUUACCAGAUCAGUUCCAAACGGUCGCCGCCGUUCUGGCUUCUGAUUGGUGCCAGAAGACUUGUGUUUGCGACCGUUUGGAACUGGUCUGGUAAGACAUUGUCCCCAGGGGCUCUUCUCGCCGUUCUUUACUUUUCUUCGUUCCGUAUACAUUUUUCCGCCCGUUUAGACUUUCCCUCGCCCCCUUUAUCUGCCCCUGGGUCUCCGAGGAUGACUCAACUUCAGCUGCAUUUUUUUGUGUGUCCAACAUGUCUAGAAUAGUCCAUUUUCGAGUUCGCUAUGACCGCUGAGUUAAUGAAGUGAAGACGCAUUUUUUACAGCCUUAGCCUCCAUCUGAGGUAAUAUAUUCACAAAUUCCAACGAGAAAAAGACCUGUUGAUUACUCUGUCUAUUGUGUAUACUCAAAUUUCAAACACUUGCUUGCCAGAAUUUCAGAAUAUGUUACUUCACGUCGAGGCUAACCCUGUAUGAAUUGAGCAUUUGAACACUUUUUAUUUUUAUAUCACCAGCCCAAAUUCACUGCACUGUUUUUUAGCGCACAUAGCACGAGCACUGCACAGCACAUAUCUGCUGAAGAUGGGCUGUACUGCCCUUUGCAGAUCAGACAUUUAGAUUUUAGAUUUAGAUGAAUGUGUCGUUAAUGUUUGUAUUCAGAGGUAAUUUUAAUUCGAAAUUGGACUAUUAGUUUUAGUUUUACAGCUACCCUGAGCUAAGAACCAUUCCACACAAUGAAAUGAAAGCUGUAAGUUAUAGGAAGCCAUUUGUUUUGUGUCCUUGACUUAAUUAAGAUAUUUAGUUUCUUUAUCAGGGGCUUUAGCUCUGCUUAACAUGGUUCCUUGUUAUUCACUAGAUGGACAGUGGGCGUUAUUUGCUUUUGUAGAUCAUACUCUUACAACAUACAUCCCUCAUGAAGAUCAAAGAAAUAUGCUCUGCAAUGUCAUUCUUACACUUGGAACGCUGUUACUUGCAGCAAAUAUAAUGCUGGCACUGUGGACAUUAGGGAGCAUUUAAUGACAACAUUUAUCCAUAGAUUUUUGUAACCAUUACAUUUAUUUAUUCUCAACAGAGACUAAAGACUAGAGAUUAUUAUAGUCCAUUCAUUUAUUCAUAAUUUUACAGGUACGCACAUCCGAGUUUUUUCGAAAGCAGUGAGUUCGUAAAUAAAUCCUCUACCUUUUAAUGAUACACUAUAAUUAUCUGAUCAUGUGUUGACAGUGUAAGUCUGUACGUCAACCAACCCAGUCUUAUUACGGAAUGCCGCUUAACAUUGUACAUUGUAUAAUGCGGGAACCCUUAUUCAUGUCCUACAAUUUUAAUGCAUUAUAACUAGGUUCAUUGUUUUCCACUGCGACGGCUGGGUUGUGUGAAACCUUUGUGCGUGACAAAUGUUGCUUUUGCCUUCUGGUGUGACAAAACAAAUAUAAAAUAGAUUCAAAAACCGGUGAUUUAUUGGUGCUCUGUCAGAGCAGAUUUACUUUUACAGAGAGCCGACGAUGAAAUUAUUCUAAUUGCAUUAGAAUAAGCGAAUUAUUUACUUUCUCAAGUUAUUUGACCGAGCUAAAUUGUCUUGUGUCUGGUACAGCAGGACAACAGUACUCAAGUAUUGACUGGUCUUUCAUAGGAAAAAAUUGAAGCUAAUUGACUGCAAAUAACUGUUAAAAAAUGAAAAGAAUCCUUUAUAUGGCUAACAUAUUUUUUUACGUCUUCGUUCAACCGAACUUAGCGCUAGAGCGUUUAUUACUGUUAGUAUUUUGUUCUAGGUCAUUUACGACUGUACGGUUGUGUAAAAGGAGCGGGAUAUUUGUUGAUAACAGGUCUCUUUUUGUAGCUUUUUACCGAAAUUUUUUAGUGAAGUGCAUUAACUGAAAAAAGCGGCAAGGAGUGGUUACGAUAC